AUGGCGAUUAAUCUGAUGCUUCCUCUGAGGGUCGUCCAGGCCUUCCUGGCCAUGGCCGUGCUCGUCCUGUCGGCCUUUGUGGCCAACUGGUACAACGUGAGCACUCUGACGGCGUCGCCGCCGCAGAUCAACUUUCUCAUCGUCUCGCCUCUGAUUUCUCUCCUGUCGAUUGUCUAUCUGGAGGUCGUCCCGCGUUACGCUCCACGUGCGUCCCACCCCUGGGCCGCCAUGGCGUGCGAGUUCAUCAACACGCUUUUCUACUUUGCGGGCUUCAUCGCGCUGUCCGUCUUUCUGGGCCGUCUGCGAUUCUGCCGCGGUUCCGUGUGCGGCGCGGCGCGGGCGGAUGCCAUUUUCGCGGCGGCACAGUUCGUCGCGUGGUCGGCCUCGGCGGCGCUCACGGGCAAGAUUGUGUUUAAGGGCGGGUUGAGGCGCAAGGCGGCGCCGGGACCCGUGCCUGCGCCCUCGGGGCUCGCGCCGCCGCCGCCGGUGAAGCAGGAGGCUUAUGCGUAA